AUGGAUACUGUAUCUUAUAAGGCAACAAAUUCAAGUUCUGGCACGAGCUCUUCAAGCCGCAAGGGAGCCUACCCCCUGGAGACUGAUGACCAUGGCCAAUCAGAAUCCCUCAAUCUCUUUCUCGAAGCCUACCUCCGGUGCUUCACUGGGGAUUUUCCGAAACGAUGGUACAACAUCCUACACUUGGCAAAGUAUUGGUAUAACUCCACCAAGCAUAGUGCCAUCGGCAUGAUGCCCUCCCUAGCUUUGUAUGGCCGCUCACCGUCGGGUCUGACUGAUUACCUACCAGGCUCGGUGUCUCUGCCAAAUGUGGAUGAAACCCUGCAAGAUCGACAAAUUGUUGGCAAACAACACCGAGAGACACUUCGCAGCACAAGGAAACGGAUGGUUGCCCAAUCCAACAAUCAUUGGCGUGAUAUCUUGUUUCAAGAGGGUGAUUGGGAGCUCUUGAAACUUUGUCCAUACCAGCAUCACUCCAUGGCUAGACGAGGCUCCUAA